CAAGGAUCGUUCCAAAGAUUGCCGCCGAGUGGAUUGACAUGCCUUGAAAACCUCUUUGGAUAAUCGAGUGAAAAUGAAUGUGAUCGAUCAUGUGCGGGAUAUGGCAGCGGCCGGGCUGCACUCGAAUGUGCGGAUCAUCAGCAGUUUACUCCUUACCAUGAGCACCAACAACCCGGAGCUCUUCUCACCAUCUCAGAAAUACCAGCUGCUGGUGUAUCAUGCUGAUGCCAUUUUCCAUGAUAAAGAGUACAGGAAUGCAGCCUGCAAAUACAACAUGGCUUUACAGCAGAAGAAAGUGCUCAGCAAAACUUCCAAAGUGCGUCCCUCCAACACGGGUGGCACAACAUCUGCACUGCAAGCACAGAAUUUGCCAUCAGAGAUUGAAGUGAAAUAUAAAAUCGCAGAGUGUUACACUAUUCUGAAGUUGGAUAAAGAUGCAAUAUCAGUGCUGGAUGGGAUCCCUUCUCGUCAGAGGACACCAAAGAUCAACAUGAUGCUGGCCAAUCUUUACAGAAAGGCCGGCCAGGAGCGUUCAGCUGUUACAAGCUACAAGGAGGUCUUAAGACAGUGUCCAAUGGCUCUUGAUGCCAUAAUUGGGCUUCUGUCUCUGUCUGUGAAGGGGGCGGAGGUCGCUUCCAUGACAAUGGACGUGAUUCAGAGCAUCCCGAAUCUUGAUUGGCUGUCUGUUUGGAUCAAAGCUCAUGCAUUCAUACAUGGAGGGGACAAUCAGAGAGCUAUCAACACUAUCUGCUCUUUGGAGAAGAAGUCCCUCUUGAGGGAUAACGUUGAUUUGUUAGUCACCCUGGCCGACGUGUACUUCAGGGCUGGAGACACCAAGAACUCCAUCUUAAAGUUCGAGCAGGCACAGAUGCUCGACCCUUAUCUGAUCAAAGGUAUGGAUGUGUAUGGUUAUCUUAUGGCCAGAGAGGGUCACCUAGAAGAUGUUGAGGUUCUUGGAGGACGACUGUUCAACAUAUCUGACCAGCAUGCCGAGCCCUGGGUCAUCUCUGGAUGUCACAGUUUCUACAGUAAACGCUACUCUCGAGCCCUCUAUCUGGGUGCUAAAGCCAUUCAGCUGAACAGUAACAGUGUGCAGGCUCUCCUCCUGAAGGGGGCAGCGCUUCGCAACAUGGGCCGAGUGCAGGAAGCUAUCAUACACUUCAGAGAAGCCAUGAGACUGGCACCCUGUCGUCUGGACUGCUAUGAAGGAUUGAUUGACUGCUACCUUGCUUCUAAUGGUAUCCGUGAGGCGAUGGGAAUGGCCAAUAACAUCUACAAGACUCUCGGUGCUAAUGCCCAAACUCUCACCAUCCUGGCCACAGUGUGUCUGGAAGACCCCAUGACUCAAGAGAAAGCGAAGACACUGCUGGAUAAAGCUCUCGCACAACGACCAGACUACAUCAAAGCUGUUGUGAAGAAAGCAGAGCUCCUAAGUCGAGAACAGAAACAUGAGGAAGGGAUCGCACUUCUACGAAACACUUUAGCCAAUCAGAGCGACUGUGUUCUUCACAGAAUGCUGGGAGAUUUUCUCGUAGCUGUUAAUGAUUAUCAGGAGGCCAUGGACCAGUACAGUAUAGCACUCAGCCUCGAUCCGAACGACCAGAAGUCCCUUGAGGGCAUGCAGAAGAUGGAGAAGGAGGAAAGCCCCACAGACGCAACAGUGGAGCUUGACGGUGAUGAUAUGGAGGGCAGCGGGGAGGACGGAGACCUGGAGGGCAGUGACAGUGAGGCGGCGCAGUGGGCCGAUCAAGAACAGUGGUUUGGCAUGCAGUGACCCCAAAAACUUGCUAACUGACUCCAAAGAGCACUUCUGACUUCUGUGUGUGUCACAGGUCACAUCCACACUCAUGGAUUUCGAUGAACGGACAGCCGCUGUAAUGCUCACUGCUGCCCUCUGGUGGUGAGUUAUGUACAUUGUUAGUUUGGGAUUAUUGGAUUUGUGGAUGACAUUUGGAUUUGAUGUUGUUUUGACUUAAUUUGUUUGGUACCUUGCCCCCAAUCUUUCCAGUUGUGUAAUAUCAAGUGAUUAUUUAGUAUGUAGCUUAUUAUCAGUAUGUAACCGGACUCUACAAGUAUACAGUACUAAAAAGAAGCAUUUCAGUGUCUAACUUGGAAACAAAUAGCUAGGCCAACACCAAACUUGUCGACAAGGACAGGAUGAUCAUAUUUCAAUAUAUGUGCCUGCAUGUCUUGGACAUAAUCACUCUCUAUCACCCACUUAAAAAAAAAAAAAAAAGAUUAAUAAUGUUAUGUUUUGGGUUUUUGUUGUCAGUAUUUGGCAUCAGUGAGAGGUUGUCAGUAUUGUUUGGCUUUAAACAUCAUUGACUACACUUCUGCUGUUUAUGGGCAAAAUUCAUGACUAGGUCAGCUACCUGCCCAUUUUAUGCACAUAACGUGUCAAAUCUGUAAUUAUUAUGCAUGCUUUUUGCUUCCAACAGAGAAAGUGAAGAUGAUGUUGUUAAAGAGGGUUUUCUGCAUAGCAGUGAAAAUGCUUAAAACACAAUCCCACAAAAUAAUUUCCUGAGUGGUUCUUUGUAAAAAAAAAAAAGUAUUCUGAAUCUCUUGAUAACAUGCCCAGGUCACAUUUCACCCCAAAAACAUAAGGAAAAGAAAACUAUUUUGCAUUAAGGAAAUGAAGCCUGAAGAGCUUCAUUUCCAGUAAGAUUUUUUGAACUGUAAAUUUGUUUUGGAACAAUUAGGCACAUUUGCUCUCAAAUUCUUUUAUUUUUUUUGUUAAUACCACUUUUUCUUAAAAGUGAUUCCGAUUACUGUAAUGCAAUGCAAACAUUUGUAAUGGUCCUAAAAAAAAUAUGCCACAUUUUCUAUAUGCAAAAUAUAGUUUGUUGAUUUUGGGGUAAAAUAUGACCUUGACAUUCACCCAAGCAAGCAAGAAAUGUAAUCGUACAAAUUAAAUUUCUGUAACCAUAAGUGCUUAUUUUGCAGUUU